AUGAAAACUUUUAAUUAUUGUAAUUAUCGUUAUUUAAGUAAUUUAGUAAAUAAAAAUAGAUGGUAUUAUAUUUUAAAAAAUAAUUAUUCCUUCUAUAAUUUAGGUAAAAACUAUAUAAAUGAUUCUAAAAAAACCAUUAAUUACUACAGAAAUUUUAGUACACAAGAAGAAAAAAAUAAUGAUGAUUACUUUUCAUCUAUGGGUGAUAAUAUAGAAAAACGAUAUAGCUUAGCUUUAUACAAUGUAGGAAAAAAAAAUAAUAAAAUAAAUGAAAUAACAAAUGAUUUAUUAUUUAUUAAAAAUGGAUUACUUAAAGAUAAAACAUUUCUUAAUUUUCUACACACACCAAAUAUUGAACGUAAAGAAAAAUUAGAUUUUUUAAAAAAUGAAUGUAAAAAAUUUAAUAAAUUUAAUAGUAUAACAUUAAAUUUUUUAGAAUCCUUAUUUGAUUCUAAAAGAAUGAACUUUUUACAAAAAAUAAUAGAAGAAUUUGAAUUAUUACUAAUGCGUGAAAAAAAAGAAAUAAAAUGUAUUGUUUAUACAGCUAGAGAAAUUGAUAAUAAUUACAAAAAAAAAAUACACGAUUCAAUUGUAUUUAAAUUAAAAAAUGAAUUAAAACCAUUAAUAGAAUUUAAAACUGAUAAGUUUAUUUUGGGUGGACUAAUAUUACAAAUAGGAACUCAAGUUUUUGAUUUUUCAGCGAAAUCAAAAAUUGAAAGAAUUAGAAACAGUCUGUCUUAA